CGCAGUUGGCUGCAUUCAUUCAUCCGACGUUGAAUCGCUCAGCUUCCUUUCCUCCUUCCCCUGCUCUCAUCACCACCACCACCACCACCACCACCACCAUGUCAUCACAACCACGGCCAGGUGGCCGCGCAACAUUGCGCAAUCAACAGGUAUCGGCUCUCCUCGCCAUGCUCAAUCUCAAUGCGCCCAAAUCAAAACGAUCAGCUGCAACGAAUGGCGCCAGUACUUCCUCCUCCUCCUCUUCCUCUUCGACGACGGCAAUCGACACCCUCCCUUCCGGUCCUCCCACAUGGAAAGUCCUCAUCAUGGACAAGGUCUCGCAAGACAUCCUCGCCACCUCGCUGCGCGUUCAAGACCUCAGGGACAAUGGAGUCACCCUCCAUAUGCAGCUCCACUCUGAUCGUCCUCCCUUGCCCGACGUACCUGCCGUCUAUUUCGUCAGCCCGACAGAAGAGAACACGAAUAGGAUCGCGGCGGAUCUGACAGCUGGGCUCUACGAGGGCUACUACGUCAACUUCACGAGCGCAGUGCCCCGCAAAGUAUUGGAGGCAUUCGCGCAGCGAGUUGCGGCGGAUGGGACAGUGGAAAGUGUGAGGCAGGUGUUUGAUCAGUAUCUCGACUACAUCGUCCUCGAGCCACAACUCUUUACGCUACUUCCGAGGGCAUUGGAGCCAGCACAACAGUCUGCUGUGCCUGGGCCCGCUCCCUCUUCUUCACAGCUCUCAGCGUCGACGUACUAUCGCCUCAAUCACUCCAGCGCGGGACAACAGGACGUGGAGGCAGAGACGGAUCGGAUAGCUGCGGGCCUCUUCUCUUCGCUCGCGACGAUGGGGAACCUGCCCGUCAUUCGCUGCCCAAGGGGAAAUGCUGCAGAGCUUGUAGCGCGUAAGCUGGAGGGUAGGCUAAAGGACCAUGUCACCUCUGCACGUGGGACGGGGAACAACCUAUUCGCGCAGGGAGACUCGUCGAGUAGUGCAACGCCCGGCCCAUCCUAUGGGUCUUCCUCCUGGCAGUCCGCUCGCCCCUUGCUCGUGAUCUUGGAUCGCAAUCUCGACCUGGUCCCCAUGCUGAGCCACUCCUGGACCUACCAAGCGCUCGUGCACGACGUCCUCGACAUGCACCUCAACAAGGUAACCGUCGAUGCCCCCUCGGACGUACCCGGUGCCCCGCCGGGCUCCACCACGAAGAGGUCAUACGAUCUAGAUGGCAAGGACUUCUUCUGGAGCAAGAAUAGCAGCACGCCCUUCCCGCAGGUAGCAGAGGAUAUUGAUACGGAGCUUCAGCGCUACAAGGCGGACGCGGCCGAUGUCACGCGCUCCACUGGCCUCACCAAUCUGGCAGACGUGAGCAACCUCAACACAACCUCAGCGAGCGGCGCCUCUCAUCUCAAGGCGGCGAUCACAGCCUUGCCCGAGCUCACGGCACGCAAAGCCGUCAUCGAUGCGCACAUGAAUGUGGCCACCUCCCUCCUCCAAGGGAUCAAGACGCGUGGACUCGACGUCCUCUUCGAGCUAGAGGAGAACAUCCAACGUCAAGCACGCUCCGCCAUCCUCGAGACGAUCCGCGACGUCGAUGCGCUCAAGGACGCCAAAGAGGACAAGGUCCGCUUGGCAAUCGUGUACUACCUUAGCGCGACGAGAGACGAAGGAUGCGCGGAUUUGGAAGAGGCACUACGUGGUGUCGCUGGCGUUCCUGAGGAGCUUGUGCGGGCAUUGCGAUACGUCAAGAAGGUGCGCGAUCUCACCCGUAUGAGCUCGACACUCGCAGCCGUCGACGCUCCCGCUGCAGGAGGAGCGACCAAUGGUGCGGGCACGUCAGCGGGUUCGGGGGGCUUUGGUGGCUUCUCCUCCCUCUCUUCCCGCCUAACCGGUCGCCUCAAGGACGCAGGAUUGGACAAUCUUUUGCAAGGAGUCAAGAACUUUCUACCCCAGCAAAAAGACUACGCUGUCACCCGUAUAGUCGCUUCGCUCAUGGAGGGCUCGUCAGCGGGUUCAGCAGGCAGUGCAGGAGGUGGGGCCUCGACACCUCAGUCAGGAGGAGCAGCAGCCGCCGCCGUAGCGAGGGAGACGAGCGAUUGGCUCUACCUCGAUCCUCACCCGAGUGGCAAUUCCGCAAAGGCAACGGCCGCUGCGCGUGAAGCGGCGCUGAGUGGCUCCUCGAGAUCGGGGACACCUAAUUCGCUCCCUCACGGUGCCCACCUGCCUCGUCGCGAGGCGAUCGUAUUCAUCGUAGGGGGUGGGUCUUACGUCGAGUUUGCGAAUCUGCAGCAAUGGGCCGAGAGGGUCAACGCUGCGAGCGGGGCAGCUGGGAUGAUGGAUGGGGCUCUUCCGCCUGCGGGACUGGCUGGGCCCGGUGGGGCGGUAGGUGGGAAGAGCAUCACGUAUGGGGCGACGGAGAUGUGUAGGCCGGGAGACUUUUUGAGGGUCUUGGCUGCGCUUGACUAGGAGGAGGGAGGGAGCGAGUUGAGGAGUCGCCUUUGAUUGAUCGAUGGAUGGAUGGCUGUUUAGAGGAGACGAGAAGAGAGGGAAGAGACAGAGAGAGAUGAUGAAAUGCUAGAGCCUACAUGGCGAUUGUACAGCUUUGAA